AUGUCUGGUAUUACGGACGACCAGGCGUACCUUCUUUCGCACAGAGGUCUUCAGGGUGUUCAAGUGGCCGCUGUGGCUGCUACGCCCUUGUACCUUCUGCAAUCAAUCCGGAAGGGUAGAUUCUCGAUGCGCGGUCUUGCGAGCUACAACUGGGUCGUCCCUAUUCUCGGUGGCGCUAUCGGUGCUGCGGCCGGAUGGGGCGAGUCGAUUCAGCUUACAACGCCUGUGCUGGCAUUCCGCGUGGCCGGCGUGCGGGCCUCGGAGGAGCGCAUGCGCCGUGACGACUUCCACCUUAUCGGCUCCGUGGUGGGUGCCUUGACACUCCCUGCGCUCUUGUUGCGUCGCGUCGGCCUCAUUAAUGGUCUUUUGGGUGGUGCGGGUCUCGGUGGUGCUGUGGGUGUUCUCUCGUUCUACGGUAAGCGCUACGCCGAUGAGGGCAAGCUCCCUGAUCUGCCGCUGCCUGAGUCUGUUUCACAGAAGUAG